UUCAAAUUGUAUGCGGUUUCGCAACGUAACAAAAUUUCGAUUUGUCAAACAGAAUUUAAAAAACACGGCUCCAAAAUGGAAUCAGAAAAUUUUCUAAACAAUCUUCCUGUAUUUAAUAAGGAGAAUUUUUCCAAAAUUAAUACACGUACAAUGAAAAAAUCAUCCAAUUCAUUUCUAUCGGUUUCAUCCAAAAUUCGUUCAAUUAAUGAUGAAUCAUUGGAAAUACGCGAACCCGAAUACAAUAUAUUAAUCGAUUUUCUCAAAAAACAUUAUCAUCAAGAAUUGGAUGAUCCUAAAACGGUACCAUCAAAACGUUCAUCCAUACCGAAUACGAUCAAUAGUUUGGAGCAGAAAAAAUCUCGACGAUUUUUAAAUUAAUAUAAUCUUGAAAAGUUUAAAUAUUAAAUAAAUAAAUUCUAAAAAAUGA